UCAGCUUACCGCCUGCUGCUCCCAGGGAAUAAAAAACUCUCAGCAGUUCUUCCUGACAGACGUCUCGCUGCAGAAACAGUCAGUGCAGAAAUGACUCCGCUGUCUCACCUGCUGCCUCUGACAGGCCUUUCCUUCCUGAUAUCCAUCACUUUUGGAGUAGAAGCUAAUGUGCCGUACCCGGUGACCUGUGUGACCCGUGGAGCCGACCUGGCCGAGGACGGUCUGGUUGUUUUGUGUCCUCCGGACUGCACGCAGGGGAAAGUGUCUGUGUUUGGAACGGGAAUCUACGCCGCCGUCUCGUCCGUCUGUGGAGCCGCUGUACACAGGGGGGUCCUGGGUCCGUCCGGUGGCCCAGUCAGGGUUCACAAGCUGCACGGUCGGUACAACUACCUGAGCUCCUACGCCAACGGCAUCCAAUCACAGGCCCUGUCCCGCUGGACCGCCUCCUUCAGCCUCACCAAACCAGUUAGUUCUCCACUAGAGCUGACCAGUGAGACCAGUACCACAGCUCUACCAGCAGCUGAACAACCAGCAAAAAAAACACUGAAGAAGCCAUCAGUGAAGAAAGCUCUGACAGGCGGAAACAAAGGUACACCUUGUGCUCUUGACUCUCCCAGGACAGAGUUCUUAUUGACCAACUACACUCAGCCUAAAGAGUUGCUGUUUGCCAUAAAAGAAGUUGCCUACCUGGGAGGAGACACCAACACAGGUAAGGCCAUCAUGCACACAGCAGAGUCCUUCUUCACCCAGGAGAACGGGGGGAGGCGGGGUCACCCUCGGGUCAUGAUGGUGCUGAUCGACGGCUGGCCUUCUGAUGACCUGGAGCAGGCGGCCAUGUUGGCGAGAGAGUCCGGCAUCAACGUUUUCCUGGUGUCCGUGGCCAAACCGGCGCCUGAGGAGUUCAGCAUGGUGCGGGACAAGGAAUUCAUGAAGAAGGCGGUGUGUAAAGAUAACGGGUUCUUCAGUUAUCUGAUCCCCAGCUGGUUCAGCACCACCAAACAUGUCAAACCUCUCACUCAGAGAAUCUGCUCACUGGACGGUCUGCUCUGCAGUAAAACCUGCUACAACUCGGUGAACAUCGGCUUCCUCAUCGACGGCUCGUCCAGCGUUGGAGACGGAAACUUCCGGAUGGUCCUGGACUUACUGACAGGAAUCUCCCGAAGCUUCGACAUCUCUGACGUAGGCGCUCAUAUCGGUGCGGUGCAGUUCACCUACGAUCAGAGGCUCGAGUUCGGCCUGUUUGACCACCACAACAAAGAGGACGCCAUCAACGCUCUGAAGAGGAUCCCCUACAUGAGUGGAGGAACCGCCACCGGGGCCGCCAUCACCUACGCCACACAGAACCUGUUCAGGCGGACAGGACCAGGUCGCAACUUCCUCAUUGUGGUGACAGACGGCCAAUCGUAUGAUGACGUCAGAGGCCCGGCGAUGGCUGCACUCAAACAAGGAAUCACCAUUUUCUCGGUGGGCGUGGCCUGGGCACCCAUGGACGACCUUAAAGCAAUGUCAUCAGAGCCGAAAGACAGCCACACCUUCUUCACCAGAGAGUUCACCGGCCUCGAAAAGUUCAUCCCACAACUGGUCAGAGGGAUCUGCCGAGACUUCACAGAGAAUAACUGAGAAAGCACACACACACACACACACACACACACAC